GUCAUCUGCGUCGGAUUUGGUCGAUUUGGUGCUCGCCGGCAGGUAUUUUUGAGCUGCCGGUUAUUAUGGUGAUGUCAAAAUGUUGAAGAUCACUAGUAAUGAACGUGAAAGGGUAUCAGUAACACCCAGGGCUUAUGAUGCAAUUCAGAAAGUAGACGUGGAUAACUUGUCUGCUCUUCCUGAAUGGGAACUGAGACCGCUUUUGCCAUGUCUGGUACGCAUGGCGUUGUGCUCACCGCUGGAUCAGCGAAAGGAAUGGUCCCAGAAAAAGAAAACCGUGCUGAAAAUAUUAUCCGGAAUUGAGCUAGUGAACUCUCUAGUUGCACUGCUGUCUAUAGAUUUUCAUGCAUUAGAAAUAGACGUGAAGAAAGAGCAACAGUUGCGAAUAAAACUUGGGGUCCAUCCCGGAGACAGUAUUCUAGCAUCAUCCCUUCAAAAUUCUUUGGCCCUUGAGUUUGAAAGGAGCGACGCAGCUAGAAAACUUCGUCUGGUGCUGAGCGAGUUACUCUCGUUCAUUGCACAGACCAAAGACAGCCGCACAGAACUUGGUGUGAAGUCCUCAGACCUUUUUGACAAUAAUGUCUACUUGGAUGAAGUGUCGGAUGUGAUGUGCAUUGCUCAUGCAGAGUUGCCAGGGAUACUGCAUAUCCAAGACAUUGCUGAGACUCUAAUACACCUGAAAAAUGGUCCGUUCUUGUUGUGUCGCCUCAUUGCAAAUGCGCCAGACAGUUUCUCUGAAGUUUGUCUCUCCUUAAUAUCGAAUGGUGAGAAGCAAGAUGAGGAUACGUCGUGGGGAUGCAUUCGUAUGCAAGCAUUGCAUCUUCUCUGCCAGAUGAACCCACACCAGGCUCUUGUGAUACGAGCUAAGGCUGUUGAGAUGUGCCGCAUGCCAGGACUGUCGGUGCUCUUGACAUUGUCUCACUGUAACGGGGAUGCAUCCGACAUUGGUGGACCUUCUUCCGGAGACCUGGUGGCAUUUGUCAGCGGCAUUUUGUUGGGAAGUGACGACAAAGUUCGCACUUGGUUUGCACAGUACGUCCGGAACUGUCAAAAGAAAGGGGAAUCCGGUAAAGAUACAACGCUACAGGCUCUGCGGGAUGAACUUCUGCAACGACUGCAGCGCCUGCUCAACUUCAGCUCCAAGGAACAAGAUCUGGCUGACUCUAGGGUGGUGCAAGCCAACUCCCUGCUCCGGCUAUUCUGCGCCCUCAGGGGCAUCGCAGGGCUGAAGUUCACGGAAGAAGAAAUCGUAGUGCUGGUGCGUCUUCUUACAUCUCACCCGCCACCCAGUCCCGCGGGUAUACGCUUUGUCUCUCUGGGGCUGUGCAUGCUCCUGGCAUGCCCUUCGCUCGUGUUGGACCACGAGAAACAAGUCAUCCAGUGGAUCCAGUGGCUCAUGGAAGAGGAGAGCUAUUUUGGACGGACUAGUGGUGUGCACGCAUCUUUUGGAGAGAUGCUUCUGCUCAUUGCCAUUCACUUUCAUGGAAAUCAGGUUGCCCCUAUUACUGAGCUUGUCUGUUCCACGCUGGGGAUGAAGAUCCCCAUUCGCCAGAACAGCCUUUCGAAGAUGAAGAACAUCUUCACUCAGGAGCUAUUCACUGAUCAGGUCGUCACGGCGCAUGCAGUGAAGGUGGCGGUGACACCAAACUUGAGUUCCAACACUAUUGGAUUCCUUCCAGUGCACUGUAUCUACCAGCUCUUGAAAAGCAGAGCCUUCACAAAAUACAAGGUCAGAAUUAAAGACUGGGUGUAUAAGCAGAUAUGCGCAAGCAUUCCACCUCUGCAUCCCAUAUUGCCAGCCUUGGUCGAAGUGUACGUCAACUCCGUAAUAGUGCCCAGCUCUAAAGGCUCUCACGACACCACGAACGAGCCUUUGACCGAGGAUGAAAUUUCUGUUGUCUUUGGCAAUUCGCUGCAAAAUGGGGACACCUCUACAAAGCAGGCUUCGACAUCAUCAGGCCUUCCAACAUUGGGUGAUGACUGCAGCAACCAAAUGGCUCCUCAGCUGCUACUGCUUUAUUACUUACUUCUGUAUGAAGAUACACGACUUAACAACAUGAAGGCUAUUGUGGCAUCUGGGCGAAAGGUGAAACGCUACAGUGGUGAUUUUCUAGCUCAGCUGCCGAUGCGGUAUCUGGUAGUGACUGCCCAACGCGACGAGCGCUUCGCAGGACUGUUCCCUCCCCUCUUACGUCUUUUGGCUACCCACUACCCGCAACUGUGCAUGGUUGAUGACUGGCUGCGUGGAGAGAGUGGGGCGUCGGUCACGUCUCUACCUCGUCAACGAUUUGGACCUCGGCUGGGUCCUCGUGUGCCCUCUAACGUUCAAAGCUUGGCUCAAGCCUUCUGCAGCCUGCACAUGUGCCCCAUCGACAUGAUGUCGCAGCUUGACCGUUUGAACACGUUGCCUCUUCAUCAACUCUGGCCUUACGCUCGGCCACUCGUAACAAAUCUGCCUUUACUUCUUCAAGAGGGAACCCCUAGACAGGUAAUAGAACGUGCGAAACAGGUGUGGUGGCGGCUCAAUGAAGUGUUCCCACGGCGCUUGUGGGUCAUGACGGCAAAUGCCUUGAGGCCUCCGAAACACGCCCAGCUUCGUCCUCUUUGCCUCGAUGAUCUAGUCAUGGACCCGCUGCAUGUACUGCGGUGCGAUACUAGGGUGUUCCGGUGCGCACCACUGCUGGAACUGGUGCUGCACAUGCUGCACGCUUUCUUGGCAGCGUCACGUACUCACCUCAACCACCACCUCCUGGAGCACCCGGUGGUCACAGAUAAGGGUGACGCUGCGGACAAGGACAGGGAAGAGCUGAGGGUGGCACUCGUUGCCGUUCAAGAGAGCGCAGCUGUGCAGAUCCUGCUAGAAUGCUGUCUUGCCACGGACACAGAGAAGAUGAAAGAUAGCGGAUUCCUGACUGACCUGCGAGAAAUCCAGACCCUCAUAUGCACUCACCUCCACCAAGUGUUCAUAGGGGACCCUAACUUGGUCAGGCUGGUGCAUUUUCAGGGCUAUCCAAGUGAACUGCUUCCAGUUUCUGUGUCUUUAAUACCCUCGAUGCACAUCUGCUUGGAUUUUAUCCCCGAGCUGUUGAGUCAGCCACAGCUUGAGAAACAGGUGUUUGCCAUAGAACUUGCCUCUUAUCUGUGUCUGCAGUACUCCAUUGCGAAGUCGCUCAGCAUUGCAAGACUGUGUGUUAAUGUCACACACACACUGUUGGGAGUGUUGCCAGGCUACCAGAGGCCACUACUCUUUCUCCCCUCACUACCAGCACUAGUACGAAUGUGCAAGGCUUUCCCUCCACUGUCCGAGGACGUGUCCAUACUACUGCUGCAGUUGGGCCGGGUCUGUCUCUCCCAGGAAUGCACCGCGGCGCCCCCUCAACUCGGAUUCUCUGCCAACCAAUUGGACAAGUGUGGCGGGAACGCCGAGAUCAAAUCUGUGCUCGAACGACUUCCAACCAAUAGCGCCCUCUGCAGGGCCAUCCAAAAGUCUUUCGCAGACCUUUGUGAUAGCGCUGUCCUGAAUAGGGCAAUCUAUUAGGGCUUCUGAAACUAUUGCUAGUAAUGUGUCAUUGUAAAUACAGAAAUCAUGUUGAGUCAGAUAUCAUCAAAUAAUUGUACAUAAAUUUCAUGGAAUCGUGU